AUGUGACUCGCCCGCCUCCAGACUACAAUUCCCGAAAAGUCCCGCGAGAGGCGUCGCUCGCUCUCUGGCUGGCUGGGUUCUCUGGAAACGGCGCGGGCGGGCGCCGAGCUGCCCUUGCGCCGCGCGCGGAGACCUCGCCCCGUCAUGGCUCCCCGCAUCUUCCCCCUUGUCAAGUGAGUCGGGCGGGCGGGCUUCCUUGGAUUCCUUUCUGUUUUAAUUUCUUUUUCUCCUUAUGUUCAAUGGGGAGCAAGGAUGACCAGGUGGGAAAUGCCUGUUGGUUCUUUUGGAGCUUUUUGCAAAUCCCAGCAGCCAAAAAAAGAAAAGGGUCAACCCUUCUGUUCCAGCCCCAUUUUAUUUUGGCAUGUUCUGAGCUGAAAUGGGCAUUUUAAAAUGAAAUAAAAACCUCCUCCCUGUGCAUAUGCUGGUGCCCAGAAAUAUUAAAACAGCUUUUAUUCCUUCUUUGGUUGCUAUGGCUAGGGGCUGAUGCAAAUAAAGAUGACUCUGAUUUUUCUUGGGUUAAUAAUGUUGGUGCUGAUCUCACUGUCAUAAUAUUUAUUUCAUCACCUCUCCCCCUGAUAACAAAAGGGAUCACAUUUUGCAAAAUAUGUCUCUGCAAGCUCUUUCCACCAUCAUCUGUUGGAUCCAAACAGUCCCUUCCAUUUCACUGGCAAAAACUAACUGUAACUGGCAAAUACCAACUGGGGUAACUGUGCCCCCGAAGGACCAGGUACGCAGCCUGGGAGUCAUUUUGGACUCACAGCUGUCCAUGGAGGCGCAGGUCAAAUCUGUGUCCAGGGCAGCUGUCUACCAGCUCCAUCUGGUACGCAGGCUGAGACCCUUCCUGCCCGCAGACUGUCGACCCAGAGUGGUGCAUGCUCUGGUUAUCUCUCGCUUGGACUACUGCAACGUGCUCUAUGUGGGGCUACCUUUGAAGGUGACCUGUAAACUGCAAUUAAUCCAGAAUGCGACAGCCAGACUGGGGACUGGGAGUGGCCGCCGGGACCACAUAACACCGGUCUUGAAAGACCUACAUUGGCUCCCAGUACAUUUCCGAGCACAAUUCAAAGUGUUGGUGCUGACCUUGAAAGCCCUAAGCGGCCUCGGUCCAGUAUAUCUGAAGGAUCAUCUGCACCCCCAUCGUUCAGCCCGGAAACUGAGAUCCAGCGCCGAGGGCCUUCUGGUGGUUCCCUCAUUGCAAGAAGCCACCUAACAGGGAACCAGGCAGAGGGCCUUCUUGGUAGUGGCGCCCGCCCUGUGGAACAGGGAUACAAAUAAAACAUAUUACAGUGGUGCCUCGCAAGACGAAAUUAAUCCGUUCCGCGAGUCUCUUCGUCUAGCGGUUUUUUCGUCUUGCGAAGCAACCCUAUUAGCGGAUUAGCGCUAUUAGCGGUUUAGCGGCUAUUAAAGGCUUAUCGGCUUAGCUGCUAAAAGGCUAUUAGCGGCUUAGCGGCUUAGAAAAGGGGGGGGAGCGGGAAAAAAAAUCUCAAGACUCGCAAGACAUUUUCGUCUUGCGAAGCAAGCCCAUAGGGAAAUUCGUCCUGCGAAGCAACUCAAAAACGGAAAACCCUUUCGUCUAGCGGGUUUUCCGUCUUGCGAGGCAUUCGUCUUGCGGGGCACCACUGUAUUAUUAUUAUUCUUACAGUGGUACCUCAGGUUAAGAACUCAAUUCGUUCUGGAGGUCCGUUCUUAACCUGAAACUGUUCUUACCCUGAAGCACCACUUUAGCUAAUGGGGCCUCCCGCUGCUGCGUGAAUUCUGUCCUCAUCCUGAAGCAAAGUUCUUAACCCGAGGUACUAUUUCUGGGUUAGCGGAGUCUGUCACCUGAAGCGUCUGUAACCCAAGGUACCACUGUACUACAAUUCUGUGAUCCUAUGAUUUUUCUGCUCAGGUUCCUGGUCAAAGGUGGUCUGGCAGGGGGAGCCAUCUACGUGGUUUACAGCCAAGGUUUGCUGAGUGGGGGCGAGGAGGGAGCCCAAGCCCUCCGUAAAGCCCAAGAAGCGCUGCCCCCAGCUGUGGAAGAAUGGGCGAAAUAUUUUGGCUGGAAGGUAAGAGCUCAUGGGAGCAUUUGGCUGCACUAUGGUUUUCUAGACGUCUUGAGUAUUAUUAUUAUUUAUUAAAUUUUAGCAUCUGCUCGCUCUGUUUUUUUGCCACAGCAACUCAAACCGGCUUACAGAUAAUUUAAGCAAAAAGCCGAUGCAUGCACACCUUAGAACUAGCAUUUUAAAUAAUAAAUAAAUCCAAAAGGCAGUUCUCUUAAAAUAAAUAAAUAAAUCUCGAUUGAAACACCCCACCCAUGCAAUAAGCCCAUUGAUAAUUGAAAUCCAAAGAUUUUAUGAAAGAAGGAAUGUUUUUUCCUGGCACCUAAACCUAUGUAAUGAUGGCAAACUUGUUUGUGUGAGUGUAUAUAUAUAUAUAUAUAUGUGUGUGUGUGUAUACACACCGUAUAUACUCGAGUAUAAGCCGACCCGAAUAUAAGUGGAGGCACCUAAUUUUAGCACAAAAAAAACUGGAAAACAUAUUGACUCAAGUAUAAGCUGGUUCACCCCACCACAAACCUGGUGGUGGCGGCAGCGGCGGAGGAAGAACGAGCAGCCCGAAAGGUAUUCAAAGAAAUCGACAGAAAACUAAAAUACUCUUAAAGAUUUCAAAAGGAAGCAUGACAGAGGAGUCUAGCUGCAGAAUGUGCAUUUAACCCAGCAAAGAUAAUAUAUAUAUAUAUUUUAAAAAGAUCUUAAACGUUUCAAAAGAAAACCUUACUGAAGGAAGUCGGUUAUAAAAUUGUAUUUAUUUUAUUCAUAUAUAAAUUGUGUGUGUGUGUAUUAUUCAAAUAAUAAAUUAUUAUUAUUGUUUAGGGAAGCUUUUAAUGUUUAAUAGGUUAUUGUAUUUUAGUGUUUUGUUGGAAGCUGCCCCGAGUGGCUGGGGAAACCAGUAUAAAUAAUAAAUUAUUAUUAUUAUUAUUCAUUAAAUUUAUACAUUGCCCUUCAUCUGAAGAGCUCCAGGCAGCCUCCUGCCUCCCUGACCAUUGCACGAAUGCUCUUUGGGGCUGGUGGAAUCCAGUGGCAUUGAGGGCUGACAGGUUCCCUACACCUGCUCUAAACAGAGAUUCCUAGGUCUUGAACCCAGAACCUUUUGCAAUGCAAGCUGUUUUCGAAGGCACCACCAGCCUUUUUUAUAUGCCUUGCUUGUGUUCUUCAUUCCCACAGCUUCCUGCUGUCCCAAAGACUGAAUUCUCUCUCUGCAGCUACUGGAACUCAGGUACGGCUUUUUAAUUCAACCCCUGACGCAUGCCAAUUCCUAUUAUCUUCUGCCCCCCGGGCAAAUAUGUGGGUAAACCGUACGCUGAGCGAGUCUGCCCCUGCGGCCUGAUAGAAGUGGAAACCAUCUCUCAUGUCUUGCUACGAUGUCGUUUUUAUGAGAAUAUACGCUCAGUCUUUAUAAUAAUAAUAAUUUAUUAUUUGUACCCCGCCCAUCUGGCUGGGUUUCCCCAGCCACUCUGGGCAGCUUCCACAGAGACCAAAAAAUACACUAAAAGGUCACACAUUAAAAACUUCCCUGAAUAGGGCUGCCUUAAGAUGUCUUCUGAAUGUCAGGUAGUUGUUUAUCGCUUUGACAUCUGAUGGGAGGGCGUUCCACAGGGCGGGCGCCACCACCAAGAAGGCCCUCUGCCUGGUUCCCUGUAGCUUUGCUUCUCGCAAUGAGGGAACCGCCAGAAGGCCCUUGGCGCUGGACCUCAGUGUCCGGGCUGAACGAUGGGGGUGGAGACGCUUCUUCAGGUACCCCGGGCCGUUUAAGGCUUUAAAGGUCAGCACCAACACUUUGAACUGUGCUCAGAAAUGUACUGGGAGCCAGUGCAGAUCUCUCAGGACCGGUGUUAUGUGGUCUCGGUGGCCGCUCCCAGUCCCCAGUCUAGCUGCCACAUUCUGGAUUGGUUGCAGUUUCCGGGUCACCUUCAAAGGUAGCCCCACGUAGAGCGCAUUGCAGUAGUCCAAGCGGGAGAUAACUAGAGCAUGCACCACUCUGGCAAGGCAGUCUGCGGGAUCACCCCUGUUAUACAGAAAAUUCCAAGUGGGUCUGAACCCCAAUGCUUAAAAUCCCUGAUAGAGGUUAAGCAUACAGUGGUACCUCUGGUUGCGAAUGACAUCUGUUCCGGAGCCCCGUUCGCAACAUGAGCAGAAUGCACCCCACGUCUGCAUGUGCGCGGGUUACAAUUCGCCGCUUCUGCGCAUGCACGUGAUGUCAUUUUGAGCGUCUGUGUGAGCGGCGAAAUCCGGAAGUAACCCUUUCCGGUACUUCCAGUUUGCCGCAGGCGUAAUCUGAACCGAACGUAACAAGAGGUAUGACUGUACAGAGAUCACGGUAAGGGUGGCCAAAUUUUGCGCGGCUGCCAUAAAACCCCUUCAAAAAAACAGUGGAAAAGAUACACAGACCGUUUGAUGGGGACUGAGCAUGCUCAGUGGCUGCAGAUUGCUAACUUGACUGGCAGCGGGGGAAUGGAAUUCUGAGCAGGGAUAUCAGUCCAUGCUGCAACUUUCUGUUGCAGUUUCUUGCUUUAAUUUUCUUGUUGCUCUUCUUGUUGUUGUUUUUCUGCAGGGGUUCGGACGACAAUUGGCGCUCUCUCCGUAGCCCCCACCAGGGCCAGUGAAUAUACCCAGAAUGGAUGGAAGUACAUGAAGGAUCUCAUCAAAUGAAGCCUCUCUGAUAAGGCCCCCUCUUGCCGCCUUUAAUGGGGAGGUGUUCAGUCUGGCCCCUGUUUCUCAAGGGCUGCAAUAAAAGACUUUAUAAUAAGAAUAAGAAUUAUUAUUUAUACCCUGCCUAUCUGGCUGGGUUUCCCCAGUCACUCUGGGCAGCUAACA